CGUUAUUGGUCAUUUAAGGUACAUUAACUCAACCCAAUAAAAUGAUCUUAUCCUGCACCGUCUCAUUUUAAAAUUUGUUAAAAGUAAGAGAUGUUCAUUCAAAUCAUCAAGUUGAGUUAAAUCGGAUUUAUUUACAAGAUCUGGUGAAUAUCGAAUUAUUGAGUCUCUUAUAACCCAUUUUAUGCAAAUGGGUUAAAGUGGGGAACAUAAGAGUAAAACCCAAUAAUGUAUAGUGUAUGCCAAGUAAGCAAAAUUUAUCAUCCAAGUGUCACAAUACCAUUGGAGAAAUAUAAGAACCUCAAAAAAGAUAUCUCCUUAAUCUUAUAAGAAGCAUAAUUUGAAGAGUUAUAAAUAGGUGUUACAAACAAGCAUUAAUUAAAGACUUAGUUGAGGUAUACAUUAUAUUGUUUAUUGGUAAAAAUAAAAAUAAAAAUAAAAACAAAUAAUGGCCUCAGCACUUCUUUUGAAGACUUCAGUUAACGUUGUUGACAAGUCUGAGUUUGUGAAGGGUCAAAAGCUACGGCUUCCUUCCAUUGCUGGUCUCGGGUUUUCGUCGUCGGCUUCCUCUUCUCUUAGUGUUCGUGCUGCCUCUUCUUAUGCUGAUGAGCUCGUUAAGACUGCGAAAACAGUGGCAUCACCAGGGCGUGGUAUCUUGGCUAUGGACGAGUCAAAUGCGACCUGUGGGAAACGCCUGGCCUCAAUCGGGCUAGAGAACACGGAAGCUAACCGACAAGCUUACCGAACCCUUCUUAUAACUGCCCCGGGCCUUGGUCAGUACAUCUCUGGUGCUAUCCUCUUUGAGGAGACUUUAUACCAAUCCACCAUUGAUGGCAAGAAGAUGGUUGAUGCUCUUGUUGAGCAGGGCAUUGUGCCUGGUAUCAAAGUUGACAAGGGUUUGGUACCACUUGCUGGUUCAAAUGAAGAGUCAUGGUGCCAAGGUCUUGAUGGUCUUGCUUCUCGCUCUGCUGCUUACUACCAACAGGGUGCUCGUUUUGCCAAAUGGCGUACUGUUGUGAGCAUUCCCAAUGGCCCAUCUGCCCUAGCAGUGAAGGAAGCAGCUUGGGGCCUUGCCCGCUAUGCUGCUAUCACCCAAGACAACGGAUUGGUUCCAAUUGUGGAGCCAGAGAUCCUUCUCGAUGGUGAGCAUGGAAUCGACAGGACAUUCGAGGUUGCUCAGAAGGUUUGGGCCGAGGUGUUCUACUACUUAGCAGAAAACAAUGUGUUGUUUGACGGUAUCCUUCUAAAGCCUAGCAUGGUUACACCUGGUGCUGAGUGCAAAGAAAGAGCAACCCCUGAACAAGUUGCUGACUACACCCUCAAGCUCCUCCAAAGUAGAAUCCCUCCUGCUGUUCCUGGAAUCAUGUUUUUGUCUGGUGGACAAUCUGAAGUGGAGGCAACCUUGAAUUUGAAUGCCAUGAACCAAAGCCCAAACCCAUGGCACGUAUCCUUUUCCUACGCCCGAGCCCUCCAAAACACUUGCUUGAAGACAUGGGGAGGAAGACCCGAGAAUGUAAAGGCUGCCCAAGAUGCUCUCUUGGUUCGGGCCAAGGCUAACUCUUUGGCUCAGCUCGGUAAGUACACUGGCGAGGGCGAGUCUGCAGAGGCCCGCGAGAGCACAUACGUCAAGAACUACUCAUACUAAGAAGAUCUUAUUGUUAUUGAGUAUGAGAUCUAAGUACAUUAAGUUUGUUAAUUAUAUGGAAGUUGAUCAAGGACCUUAGCUUUGUAUUUUGAAGUUUGAAGGCCCUAAGGAUGUGAUUAAUGACCAUGGAACAAACUUUUUUGUUAAUUACAUGAAAUCAUGUAUGUACCCUAUACUCAAGUUUGAUAUUGUACGUUGUCCAUCUACUAAUUAAAUUUAUCUUAAUUUCUAUUAAAA